AUGAUCGACACGAACAAUCUGACGGCAGGGCCAUCGAAUGCAUAUACUUGUCACCGGAUCACAGAACGGUUGUUACCUUUGGGGGGAAAGCUUUGUUUCUGGGAUCUCAAAACAGCUACUCUGAGACAUAAGGCAACUUACGAGCAUUUACGCCGUGUUUUCUUUUCACCUGAUAGCAAAACAUUUGUCAACUCUACUGACGGCCAAGACGCUGUGCAAGACCUGUCUAGUGGAUGGGUCAUUUUCGAAGUUGGGGAUUCUUUUGGCAGUGGUUAUGAAUUCAGCAAGAAUGGCAAAAUGCUGGCUCGAACAGUUGCCGGAGCUGGAUCCCUGGUAAACAUUUGGGGAAUAGAUUCACAGAAGUUAUUGCACACUCUAGAGGUUCAUGUGGAUGACCCAAUGUGCUUGGAAACCGUAACUCGCUUAUCAUUCUCGCCAAGCGGACGAUUCCUGGCGGCUGCUAUUCGCAAAAUCCGGCGUAUCGUGGUUGGAUCAGAAGAGGUGCCACCCGAAUCUGAUGAAUGUGUAACAGAAUCAUCUAAUCUGCAUAUCUCGAUCUGGGAAGUGGAAACAGGAGAGCUUCACAUGACCUUGUCUGUAUUGGACUGGAAUUUGGAAAGUACAUAUAUGGAAAAAAGAAACGAAAAGACCGUGUGGAGGACGCAUUGA